AAAAAAAGAAUAACGCUUCCUCUUUCCAUCUCUAUCAUCUCGCCCUCUGUCGAUCGCCAUCUCUAAUCGUGGUAUGCGAUAACAUAGCGCCUGGCUCUUCACUGAACAAGGAUUCCUCCAAAUUCCACCGCCACAUUAGGUCUUCAUACUUUCAUUGCCCCUAGAACCAGAGUUUUCAUCGAAGCGCUCUCGCUAUCUCUAUUGUGUUUGUAUGCAAUCUGAAGCGAAGUUUCCUGAUUCUAAAUGCUGACACAUCAAACAGGAAGGGGAAAGAAAGAAUGAGGGAACAUAAAUGUAUCGGAGAAGGCGGAGCUUAGGACACAUGGGGGAGAAGAGUAUUAAUCAUAAGAUGAAUUACAAGAAGCUUACAAAUCCCCUUAUUCAUGGUGGAAAGAGAGGAGCUCUGUGUACACUGAGAUGUGCAGCUGGUGAAGGUGAAGGAAGUGUUUCGGUCAACUUCGUGAGAAGCAAAAAGGAGGAAGGGCUAAAGGAGGUUUCUAUUGCAAACGGGCAACAAAUUGGGCCAAUCAAACAUACAAUGGGCCAAUGGCUAUUUCCGUGCGAUGGCCCAGGCCGAGGCGGUACCCUGCUCUGUUUUUUCUUUUAGCUUUUGUUUGGCAUGAGUACUAGCCUAAAGAUAAUACUUAAUAAUAACAUACUUAACAACCAUGUAAUUAUGUAAACGAAGUACUCGUAUUGUCAUUUGAGAUACUCUUCGCUGCGUUACCCGCGUGUGGUUAGCGUGAAACGAGGAGAAAUAUCUCGGACAAAGCCUAGAUACGUAGUGAAACUAGGGUUUUCAGGCAAGCAGACAGGGGCGAAUGGUAGACGGGGUAAGAGCGUCAACGUUGUGGGUUAGAGUGGUAGAGGUGGUCGUGUAUCGGGGGUUUUAGAUGUUUUGGGAAGGUACUGGGGUUUUUACUUUCUAGAUGUGAUUGGGUAGGGAUAACGGAUAGAUUUCACAAGAUUGGUUUUUAAUUGAAUUUAAU